AUGUCGGGCGUCCGGUACUAUCCAGCCGGCUUGGUUGCUACCGUAGCAAGCGAGAUGGUCUCUGGCGGGCAGACACCAGACGGAAAAACCCCCGACUCUACACGCCACGCUCACCCACUCAUCAACGUCGUCGGGGAAUCUUCACCGGCCGGAGGAAGCAUUGCGCACAAUCGAGGCGCGGAACCUCCGGUAGCGACAUGGACAACGGCAUCGGCCUCGGGCCCGGCGUCGCGGCAGCGGCCCACGAGUUUGGGCAUGGGAACGGACACGCGCACUGAUUCUCCAGACCAACAGCAGAGCGAGAACACCAUUGACGACGGCGCCUCAUCCGAAGCUGCUCUCGCCUGCAACUGCUGCCGCAAACGCAAGCUUCGGUGCUCUCGCGAGGUCCCAACAUGUCAGCAAUGUCGCAAGACGGCACCAGCUUCUCUCGCGGCGCCGCCAUCAGGUGAUGCGCCACGUUCAGACGGCGACAGGAACCCCUAUGAUAUUCUCUCCUUCUUCGCCAGAGAGCUGCAACGCUUCAACAAUGAGAGACCAGACGUCACUCCACCGCAGCCGCCACGUCACGAUGAACGCCGACCGCCGCAGCCGCGAGCGAAGAGGCGACGCGGCGAUAGCAGCGAGGACAUCCGAGUGCCCAUUCGUCUCAACGUGCCCUCGCUGCCUGACGGCGAUGUCUUGGACGGCGUCCUCCGCGCCUACUUUGCCCACGUGCACCCUUGGAUCCCCAUGAUCCACGAGGGUCGGUUUCGCCGCCGCCUCGCUGAACCCGACGAGCACCCCCGACUCCACGUCAUCCUUCACUCCAUGAUCCUUGUGGCAUCGCGAUAUAUCGAGGACGUCAACUCGGCCGUCGCACUGACUAUGUCUCGCGAGAGACAGGAACAGGUCAGGGACUGGAUCAUUGCGCAGGCCAUGAGAGACUUGUCGGUGGAGAACUUGCAGGCACUGACCAUGGUCGCGUUCAACGAUAUUGGAAAUGGAGAAGGGUCGCAGGCCUGGUCGCUCAUCGGAUCGCUGACGCGGACCGUGGAAUACCUACAGCUGACCAUCGAGCAUGAAGACAUGGAAAGGCUGUCGCUGACCCAGCCAUUUGCGUCUCUGGCGCCAGCGCAGGACUGGACCGAGACGGAGGAGAGGCGGCGCGUGUUCUGGAACGUCUUCAACCUGGAUCGGUUCUGCUCCGUGACCAUGGCCUGGAACACGAGCCUGACCUCCGACGACGUCAACCGCCGGCUGCCGUGCGACGGCAUCACCUGGCGCAAGGAGGACCCCGUGCAGACGCCCUAUUUCGGCAUCUGGGACAAGGGAGCUGGCCGAAUCGGACGAAGAGAUCCAGACGCCGUCGGAGACGGGCGCAUCGCCGGCCCGGGGGACCAGCGGCGGCCAUCGACAUGUCGGCGGUCGGCGCCUUUUGCCUACAGCAUCGAGGCGACCGAGUCCCUGAGCCGCGUCAACUCGUACUUCCUGCAGCAAAAGGUCAACAUGCGGGAUCACCGCGACCUCACGAGCUGGCUGACGCGGUUCAAAGAGAUGGACCUGCGGCUGGUGCACUGGAAAAUGUUUCUGCCGCAAAAGUGGAAGGCCAACAUGGCGCGGCAGUCCUCACGCAUGGAUCCGAACCUGACGCUGGCCCAUGUCACGCACAACGCCUCCAUGAUUCUGUUGCACCAGGUCAUGGCCUUCCCACCGCCCGAGUGGUCGUUUCGCAAUCGGCUGCCGAGCAUUCUCAGCGAGGACACAUGCAAGGCGGCCGCCGUGGAAAUUGCCACCAUAACGCAGAACUACCUGAAGAACGCGCCGCCCACGGUGCCCGUCUCGAGCGCGUUCGCGUUUUGCCUCUACGUCGCCGCCAAGGUGCUGCUGUCCAAGUGGCGCUACACGACCCGCGAAGACCUGGCACCCGACUUUUGGUCUCUCGUCCAGAGUCUCGAGGAGAUCGCUGGGUCGGACCCCACGGCCUCGACAACGGCCGCGUGUGUCUCGCCGCCAACGUCACCAAAGCGUCGAGGGACGUCGAGGGACACUCUGGCCGCGACCAGCCAGAUGGCGCCCCGAUGCGACAGCUCGCAGUGCCGACUUCGCAUUGUGCACAGGGCACCUCGGGGUUCCGGCCGCCACCGCCUCCCGGGCGUUGCCGUUGUUCCUUCUCCUACCGGACCAGGGGCUUUGUUCGCAGGGCAGCCGGGCAUGGCAUUGGGGAUCGCAGCUGGGCCUGGCGGCAUACCCACAUCGGCGGUGGCAGGGUCCAACCUCGGGGGCAUGGUCAGGCCGGCGUCAUAUCACCGGGGUGCAGAGAUGGGGGGCAUCGACCAGGCCUUUGUGAAUCAGCAAUAUGUCGACAUGGACCGCGUCAUCAGCUAUGACGACGGCAUAUUUGGAACCGACUAUGAGGGCGGAGGCUGGUGA